UCCGGGCAAAUCGCUGUCAGCCAAAAACCGCGAGAGACUUUUUGACAUUUUUUUUCCUUCCAAAUUACAUUUUCCCGCGAACACGCCCUCUGCUUAGUUAACAGCUAGCGUUUGGGGAGUUCAGGUUACCACUUUGUACAGGCAUUUUCUAUAGGGAACAACCUUGUAUAGGUCCUCGUAUUUGAGAACAUUUUCAGGUGAAAGUGAUCCGAAAGCUACACAUACAGCAAGUUUUCUUAAAAUAUGGCAGUCUGAAGAAAGUCCAGCACCUCAGAAAUUAUGAUUUUGUAAGUUGUAUUGUCCAAGCCAAGAAUAAGAUCGAAGAGAAACUUUCCUUCUACUAAAGUGAUGGAGGCCAGACAGCAGUGGGCACGGAAGACAGACUUUUACAUGCAAUUGCCAAAAGUGGAGCUUCACGCCCACUUGAAUGGCUCCAUUAGUUCCAGUACCAUGAGGAAAUUAAUAGCCAAGAAGCCACAUCUUCAAGUUCAUGGUCACAUGACAAUGAUUGACAAGGGAAAGAAAAGGACUUUAGAAGAAUGUUUCCAGAUGUUCCAAGUUAUUCAUCAGCUUACUACUAGUGCUGAGGACAUCCUGAUGGUCACAAAAGAAGUCAUUAAGGAGUUUGCAGAUGAUGGUGUCAAGUACCUGGAGCUGAGGAGCACUCCCAGAGGAGAAGGUGCUACUGGCAUGACUAGGAAGACUUACGUGGAAUCCGUACUGGAAGGCAUAAAACAGUGCAAACAAGAAAACUUAGACAUUGACGUUAGGUAUUUGAUGGCAAUUGACAGAAAAGGUGGCCCGACAGUAGCCAAGGAGACUGUCAAACUUGCUAAAGAGUUCUUCCUCUCUGCUGAGGAUACAGUUCUUGGACUUGACCUCAGUGGAGAUCCAACUAUAGGACAAGCAAAAGACUUCUUGGAGCCUCUUUUAGAAGCUAAAAAAGCAGGCCUGAAGUUGGCAUUGCAUCUUGCAGAGAUUCCAAAUAAGGAAAAAGAAACACAGAUGUUGCUGGAUCUGCUUCCUGACAGAAUUGGGCAUGGAACAUUCCUCAACACUCCCGAGGCAGGGUCAGUAGAUCAGGUGAACUUCGUGAGGCAACACCGGAUACCUCUUGAACUUUGUUUGACCUCAAACAUCAAAAGCCAGACAGUUCCUUCUUAUGACCAGCAUCACUUUGGAUUCUGGUACAGCAUUGCUCAUCCUUCUGUGAUCUGUACCGAUGAUAAAGGUGUUUUUGCGACAAGCCUUUCUCAAGAAUAUCAACUGGCAGCAGAAACAUUUAAUCUGACCCCAUUGCAGGUGUGGGAUCUGUCUUAUGAAUCCAUCAACUACAUCUUCGCUUCUGACAACACCAGAUCUGAACUGAGAAAAAGGUGGACUCACCUGAAACAGAAAAUGUUAGGCUGUAACGAGGUGAACUACUCUUGAUUAUACGUCGUAAGCAAGGUCUUCCUGCCCUGUGUACCCCACUCAGUUACUGCCCACUUGAAAUGACUUCAAGUUCAGUAGCCAAGUAUACAUGGGUCUAACUCUAGCACCUUCAUCCCAGACUAAGAGCAUUGAGGUCUUGCAUGGCAGUGCCUCCAUGCUGUUUGCUGGGAGGUUGUUAAACCUUCAUUCCUUAGUGACUCUGUUUUUUCACGUAGCACUCUCUUGCCAUUGGUGACCAUAAACCUUCUGAGAAGUUGAAACUCUGACUUUAGGGAAACCUCCGUUUUGUUAUGUUUAAUCAAAUUCCUUCCACUUCCCUUUAUCCUUUCGAGUUUUUUUUUUUUUUUUUUUAGGUCACAGUGCACACCUGCACCGUUUGUGUGGGUGCCUAGUUGUGAGGCGACUGCAAUAACAAAGCUAGAAUCUGGCUUUGCCCUUCUCAUAAUAUCUUUAGAAAUAUAUAAAGGGGGUUGGAGUAAUCACUCUAGUUUAGGAAAAGAAUGACUGACUAAGUAAGAAAGACACAUAGCCAGAGCUUCUGGUUUAAAAUCAGCUUCUAUUUGGCUUCCCUUGGGAAGCUACCAGGACCUCCACAGUGCUAGGACUCCCUUAAAAGAUCUUUGUAGUAAUGGUAGCAUUGUGGCAUCUAGGGUUCUUAGAUCACCAAUAGUCCCAUGCCCAGAUGAUGGCCCACACGCACAGAGUUACAUGAACACACAUAUACCAUGGCCUCAUCAGCCAAAGAUAGGUGACAGCUAAGAUUGGUUCUGAAUGCAAAGAAAAAGACUUUAACAGAUAACAAAUGUCUUGGUUAGUUUUUUUUCCACAAGCUAGAGUCAUUUGGGAAGAGGGACCCUCAACUGAGAAAAUGCUCCCACAAGAUUGGCUUAAUCAGUGCUUGAGCAGUUAGGGGGCCCAUGCCACAGAGGGUGAUGCCACCCUUAAGGAUGUGGUUUUGGGUGGAAAGUGAAGGAAAUGGAACAAGACAUGAGGAGCAAGCUAUAGGCAGCACUCCUCUAUGGCUCAGCUUCAGUUCCUGCCUCAGCUUCCCAGGAUGAGGGACUACAAAUUAUGAGGAAAUAAACCCUUUCCUCCUCAAGUUACUUUUGGUGAUGGUGUUUAUCACAGCAUUAAAAACACUAAACUAAUAACGUAUGCUUGAAUUAUUCUCCUUCUUAGAAUGUAUGGUUUCCCUGAUCUCAGAGAAGAAACCUGGUGGCACCCUUAAUUCAAUUAAGGUUGAGAUUUUUGUUUCUGCCUUUUAGGGUACAUGAUAAAGGAAAGUACUUAACUUUCAAAGUUCUUAGUUAUUGUUUUAUAACCUUAUAUUUCUAACUAUAUCCACUUACACAGAUAAAAUCUGUAAAAUGUAA